UGAGUAUAAAUCAAUGACUUGAGACACACAUAGAGAAAAGAGCCAGGAAGAAGAUUUCACAUGAUCAUUUGCAUUCCACAUGAUUACGACAUGUUAAUGCGUGACCACAUAAUCCAGGUCAAUUUGGAUCUCAUGUUACACAGAGCCUGCAGACGGGUGACUUGGAAACAGUCUGCCUGCUGUGAGUAUGUCUUCAAAACCUACUGCAUGCCUGUGGAGGUUUAUGGCUAGAUCUGGACAUUUCAAAGUUGGUUUGAUUGGGUUUGCUACAAGUAACUGAAGAGUCAGGAAUUAUCAGUGAUACAAAACAGCUUUCUGGAACAUGGAAGUGAAUGCAAAUCGGCUACUCUUCUUCUCCUGCCUACUUGUUGUGACUGGCUAUUGCAAUGGUGGUCGAAUCUUAGUGUUUCCAGAAGAUGGCAGCCACUGGGUGAAUAUGCAGGUCAUACUCAAGGAGUUGCAUGCCCACGGACACAGUCUGACAGUGGUACAUUCUUCCAGAAGCUGGUAUAUUCAUGACAGAUCUUCUCUCUACACAUUCAUUAGUGUUAACCUCACUAGCACAGAAGAUGCUAGCAGGGGGAUAUUUGAGACCUUGUUAGAGCGGUCACUGUCUUUACGUAGGAUGACACCAAUCCUGCGCUUUUUUGAACAGCAGAAGGAUGUGAUGACCAUGUUGAAGAUAUUCCACGGUGUAACCCUUAGUAUUAUCUCUACCAUAUUGGAUGACUCAGCACUGAUUGGAAAACUGCAAGAUUCUAAGUUUGACCUAAUGCUCACUGACCCUGCUUUCCCUGCUGGGGUUCUCCUGGCCCACUAUCUCCAUUUACCCUUGGUGUAUAAUGUACGCUGGCUCAAUGCAGGAGAUGCACAUAUGGCCAUUGCUCCAUCGACACCAUCUUAUGUUCCGAUGUACAACUCAUUGUUUAGUGACAGGAUGGACUUCCUGCAGAGGACCGAGAACUUCCUUCGAUAUAUGGUCAGCCUCCUCCAGGAGCAAUUUGUUAUCCUCCCCAUUUAUGAAGAAUUGCUCAAGAGGCACUUUCCACCAGGAUCAGAUCUUCUCAGCAUGCAGCGCUCAGCAGAUAUUUGGUUGAUGCGUGUUGACUUUAUUUUUGAGUACCCACGCCCUAGCAUGCCUAAUGUAGUCUACAUAGGUGGGUUCCAGUGUCGCCCGGCUGAACCCAUUGUUACAGAGCUGGAGGAGUUUAUGCAGAGUUCUGGGGAGCAUGGUGUGGUGGUUAUGUCCCUGGGAGUCAUGGUCACCGCCCUUCCCAAACAUAUCACAGAAGCCAUUGCAGCUGCCUUUGCUAAGAUACCUCAAAAAGUUAUAUGGAGGUAUGUGGGUGAUCGACCUUCAUCUCUGGGUAGCAACACGUUGCUUCUUGAAUGGCUUCCUCAAAAUAACCUCCUGGGGCACCCAAAAACAUGUGCAUUUGUGUCUCAUGGUGGCACCAAUGGCAUCUACGAAGCUAUCUACCAUGGGAUUCCUGUGUUGCUUCUGCCACUUCUCUUUGAUCAGUUUGACAAUGCAAUUAGACUGGAAACCCGAGGUGCAGCCCGUGUGCUUGAGGUCAGCACGUUGACUUCUAAAGAAUUCCUUGAAGCCCUCAAGGAUGUCAUUAAGAAUCCAUCUUACAAAAGCAACAUGCAGGAACUCUCAGAGCUUCACCGUGAUCAGCCCUUUUCUCCUCUAGACAGUGCUACUUUCUGGAUUGAGUAUGUCAUCAGGCACAAAGGAGCUCAACACUUGUACUCAGAAGGAAGCAGUCUUCCUUGGUACUCCUACCACAAUCUAGAUGUCGUAGGUUUUCUGUUGGUAAUAAUUUUAGCUGUACUCUGGGCCUCAGUAUAUCUUGUUAAAUUUCUUUGUUGUACGCCAUACAGGAAGCAAAAGGUUGAGUGAACUGAACCUGAGGCAUUCACAGACAAGCAGAAAUAUGUGUUUGGGGUUGUUGGGUUUUUUAUUGUUGUUGUUGUUGUUGUUGAUUUUGGGUAAGCACUUUUUUGUGUAGUGCACUAACUGUGAUAACUAAUAUUGCUACCCUUUCAAAGUAGAUCAUUUAAGAGCUAAGACCAAUAGAAACUGUGUUUGUUACAUAAUCUUCAUUACAGCCUUAAAGGUUUUCCUGAUUGAUCAAAAAUAAUUUCACUUCUAGUGUCAUUUGUACUCAUUACAAUGUACAUGACUUGGAAUAAAAUUUGCUUU